AUGGAAAAGAUGAACUUUGUUAAAAAUAGAGUGACCAAAUUGCCUCCUGGUUUUCGUUUUCAACCAACAGACGAAGAGCUUGUCUUUCAGUACUUGAAAUGUAAGAUCUUCUCGUGCCAGUUACCUGCUUCAAUCAUCCCUGAGAUCAAUGUCUGCAAUUUCGAUCCUUGGGAUUUGCCAGGAACUUGUGAUCAACAAGAGAGGUACUUUUUCAGCUUUAAGGAGGCCAAGUAUCGAAACGGUAAUCGCAUGAAACGAACAACAAACUCUGGCUAUUGGAAGGCAACAGGAGCAGACAAAAGAAUUUCAUCAUCAAUAAGUAAUGGUAUUGUGGGAAUAAGAAAAACUCUUGUAUUUUAUGAAGGGAAAUCUCCAAAUGGGUCUCGAACUGAUUGGGUCAUGCAUGAAUAUCGCCUCAUUAGUUUAGAAACAACUCCUUGUAAUUCAUCCCAGAACUAUGCAAACGAGAUAGGGGAUUGGGUUCUGUGUCGCAUAUUCAUGAAGAAAAGAAGUACAGAAAGUGAUUGCAACAGUACUGCUCCUAUGCUGAAGAACAAUACAGUGAUGAAUGUUCAGGUGACUAAGCCAAUAUUCUAUGAUUUUAUGAGGGUACACAAAUCAGCUCUGGUUCCUAUCCAGUCUUCUACAUCCUCAUCUUGUUCAAGCACUAGUGACAUUAUAGAGGUCUCUUCAUCAGACCUCGAAGAAACAAGUGCCUAUGCUGACUGUUAA